GGGCACAUUUGAAAACGCGCAGAGAUAAAGGGGCAGCAGGACAAGGUUGGAAGGACCUUAAAACAUCCUGGAAGUAUACGACUCCUUUGGUAAUGAUUAUACUCCAGAGGAUGAAGGGCUUCCAUUUUGGGGAUAAGCUCUGCACCGGAGUCCUGGAAAAAAAGACAUCUUGAUCAUCCUUCACAAGCAAUGCAUGAUUGUGCAACUUACAACGAUGAAACUGCAAAAGGAGGCAAAUAAAAUGGAACAAUAAGAAGAACAAACCUUUUUUUUUUUUUUCUUGCAUCAAUGAUACUCUCUACAUUUCAAAUAAUAUGACUGAGUGGAACCAAUACAAUAUCAAAGUCCUCUGGUAAAAAGAUUACAAGCCUAAAAAGUUUCCCAUCCUCUCCCCUCUCUCCAUCCUCUGCAUCUGAGAAUCAGGACUUCUGUGGAAGAGACCCAGAGGAGCCCCUCUCCCACCUGGCCAACAAGCUUCUCGGCGCCUUUUGGGCACAUUUAUAUAACUGUAAGACGGAUAAUCAGCAGCCUCAAACGAUGUGUCUAUAAACAGAGCAACAUUAAGGAGAUAAAAAGCAUAAAGCGCGCUCUCGGUGAAGCUCAGCAUCAGCACCAGCAAUCCGAAGCGCGUCCCCGCCCCGGUAGAGGCUGCCCGAGAUCCCGGGAAGAGGAGUUGGAGCUGUGCGAGUUAAAGUUGGGCUAAAAAAGGGGGGUGAGAGGAUGCUGCAGAGGAAUCUACGAUCCAAUUAACACAGCCUAUGUGAAGAAACGUCUUUCUAAGUGAAGGAUGACUUGCAAAAUAUUGAGCAUAUGCCUCUUAUUUUUGGGUUUUCAACAUUGCUCAUCACGAGAAUGUGUUGAUCCGCUAAUCUCUGGGCUCUAUGCCUCUUCAUUCCUGGCCUCUUCAAGAUAUAACUUCCUGUACUCUGCCAAUUUUGCCAAACUCUAUGGCAGCAGCGGCUGGUCCCCAUCCCCCAGAGACAGACAGCCAUGGCUGCAGGUGGAUCUGGGCAGAAAGUACCGUCUGGUGGCGAUAGCAACCCAGGGGACCUUUAAUUCUUAUGACUGGGUCUCCAAGUACACACUUCUCUAUGGAGACAGACCAGACUCCUGGACACCAUACAUCAUGAAAGGAGGAAACUCAACAAUGCCUGGUAACUGGAAUUAUUAUCAGGUGAAGAGAAAUGUCUUCCAUUAUGCCUUUACUGCUAAACACAUCCGUCUGCUGCCUCUGGAGUGGAACACAGAGAAUGGAGGAAAGAUUGGUGUGAGACUGGAGCUCUAUGGCUGCGCAUAUGAUUCCUAUGUGCUGCAAUAUAACGGAGAUGACGCAGUGGUCUACACGUAUCCAGGAAAAAGGUCACGUACUCUGCAGGACCACAUCGCCAUCAAUUUUAAAACCCUGGAGCAGGAUGGUCUGCUUUUACAUAGCGAGGGGAUUCAAGGAGACCUCUUCACCCUUGAGCUAAAGAAAGGCCGUCUCUAUCUGCACAUCAGCCUUGGAAGUAGUGUUAUACACAAAGUCGAUGGCCGAAUCACUCUGAGUGCAGGAAGUCUUCUUGAUAAUCUGCACUGGCAUUAUGUGACUAUCAAGCGCUACGGCCGGCAGGUGAACUUCACCGUGGACAGUCAGACAGUGACAGCUAUCUGUAAGGGAGAAUUUACUCAUCUGGAUCUGGAUAAUCAGAUGUACGUUGGAGGAGUAAUAGAGCCGAACCUGCCUCACCUUCCUACCAUACCAAAUUUCCGUGGGUGUCUGGAAAAUGUCUUUAUCAAUGGCAUUAAUGUUAUUGAUAAGGCCAAGAGAGAGGACCCUGAUAUACGUAUUCCUCGAAAGAAAAAGAUGCAUUUUGCCUGCCGUGACAUUCUUCUGAGACCAAUGACGUUCGCCGGACCCAACAACUUCCUGCAAGUCCCGGGGUUCUUUGGAAGACCAAAGUUGUUUGUGAAGUUUAAGUUUCGCUCAUGGGACUACACUGGGCUGUUGAUGUUCACACGCUUUGCUGAUAACCUGGGUGCCCUUGAGCUGGGUUUGAGUGAGGGUCAGAUCAAUGUCACCAUUUUCCAGACUGGAAAGAAGAAAAUUCAGUUUGGUGCAGGUUACAGGCUUAAUGAUGGUUACUGGCACACUGUAGACCUGGCGGCCAGAGACAACCUAUUGACCCUCACCAUUGAUGAGGAGGAGGGCUCACCACUGAAGAUCACCAACCCUUUCAGCAUUCGAACGGGGGAUCGCUACUUUUUUGGGGGUUGUCCCAAAACCAAUAACACAAUAUUAAAAUGUGAGACCAAACUGAAUCGCUUUCACGGCUGCAUGCAGCAUAUAUUUAUAGACAACGAACAGCUUGAUAUCGACAUUACCCUGCAGCGACAGUGGGCUCGAUAUGAGGAGCUGUUGAUAGGAACCUGUGGGAUCACCGACAGAUGUACUCCAAACCCAUGUGAACAUGAGGGCAGAUGCAUCCAGUCCUGGGAUGACUUCAUCUGCAUCUGUGAAAAUACAGGCUACAAAGGAGAAGUGUGUCACAUGUCGGUUUACAAAGAAUCAUGUGAGGCGUACAGACUGAGCGGCAAGUACUGGUCUGGAAAUUACACCAUUGACCCUGAUCUCAGUGGGCCGCUAAAACCAUUUGAGGUGUACUGCAAAAUGAAGUCAUAUAAAGCUUGGACUGUGAUUAUGCACGAUCGAGUGGAAGGCACCAAAGUGUCCGGAAGCUCAAUAGACAAUCCAUAUAUUGGAGAUGUAAACUACUGGAAUGCUACAUGGGAUGAAGUCAGUGCUCUCGCCAACACAUCCAUGUACUGUGAGCAGUGGAUAGACUAUUCCUGCUAUAAGUCCCGUCUUCUCAACACCCCCAAUGGAAGGCCUUUUGGAUACUGGAUCGGUCGUAAUAAUGAGACUCACUAUUACUGGGGUGGGACAUUCAGAGAAGUCCAAAAAUGUGGCUGUUCUAUCAACCAAACUUGUGUUGACCCGAAGUUUCAGUGCAACUGCGAUGCUGAUUAUAGGCAAUGGUACUCGGAUAAAGGCUACUUGGACUUCAGAGACCACCUGCCUGUGAGGAGGGUUGUGAUUGGGGACACCAACAGAACCGGUUCACAAGCACAGUUCACAGUUGGGCCACUCCGUUGUCACGGCGACAGAAAUAUCUGGAACACGAUAGCCUUCACCAAACCAACCUACAUCACCUUCCCCACGUUCAGGCCUGGAUCAACAGCUGACAUCUCCUUUCAUUUUAAAACCUACCGUGCACCGGGUGUCUUCUUGGAAAACUCUGACGACCAGCUCAGAAACUUCAUAAGAAUCGAACUGAACACCACCCACAAUCUUGUGUUUGUGUUUAUGGUUGGAGAUGGCAUCCUUAAUGUUACUCUUCGCUCGCCUGUGCCGCUCAAUGACAACGAGUGGCAUUUUGUUCAGGCUGAGAUUAAUGUGAAAUUAGCUCGAAUCAAGGUCGAUUACCAGCCUUGGGCUGUCAGACGGUUUCCAGGUCAGACCUUUGUCACCAUGCAGUUCACACAUCCCAUCCUUGUGGGUGCAGCCAACCGCACCCUCAGACCUUUCUUGGGGUGCCUUCGAGGGUUACGUCUGAAUGGUGUUCCUCUUGAUUUAGAAGCAAAGGUAAAUGAAGAACAGGGUAUAAGGAGGAACUGCACUGGCCAGUGUCUUAAUGCCACCAUACCAUGUCGAAACAGUGGGCAGUGCAUUGAGGGAUAUGCUUCCUACACUUGCGAUUGCAAUAACACAGCUUUCGAUGGUUUCUACUGUCACAAAGACAUUGGCGCCCACUUUGAGAUUGGGUCUUGGCUGAGGUACAACAUACGAAAGAAGCCCAUUUCAGAUGAGGCAGCCUGGGCAAAUUGGAUCGACCCACACUAUGACAAUUUUAGUCUGGGUUACAACGACACGGCUGAUGACAUAGAGUUCAGCUUCAGCACUGUUCACACUCCAGCUGUAUUACUCUACAUAAGUUCCUUCGUUCAAGACUACAUUGCUGUGAUACUCAAGAAUGACGGUAGUGUAGACCUGAGGUACAAGCUGGGGCUCAUAACACACAAGUACCAGCUGACUCACCGGAAUCUGGCAGAUGGAUACCCGCACUAUGUGAACAUAACCAGACACAACCGAACCAUCAAAACACAGGUGGAUUACAUGGAACCCAUUGUGGAGAAGAUAACCCUUGUGGAAGAUGCUAGGUUUGAUUCUCCAAAGUCCAUGUUCCUGGGCCGCGUAAUGGAGGUUGGUGACAUCGAGUAUGAAAUCCAAAAGCACAAUGCUCCAGGAUUCAUUGGAUGCAUUUCUGGGGUCAGAUACGACGUCUAUGCGCCACUGAAAGCUUUAUUCCGUCCAAAUGAAACAGAUCCCCCCGUAACGACACAAGGUUAUGUCUCUGAGUCUAACUGUGGGGCUUUUCCUCCUGUUCUGGGUUAUGUGCCUUGGGAAGUGGACCCUUGGUUCACAGGCAUAGAAUAUUUUUAUAUCCAUGACGAUCUUGGCUUGAUCUGGAUAGGGGUUAUUGCCCUCCUGGCCUUGCUGCUGCUCUUUGGAGGUCUGUACGCCAUAUAUGUGUAUGCAUACCAGCAGAAGGGCAGUUACCACACCAAUGAACCUAAAAAUCUGGAGUCUCCAAGCAGCUCCAGGCCACUGACCGAGACCCUGAGGAGAGAAAAAAAGCAUCUACCGGAAAUUGAAGAGGAAUUCCGAAGUGGCUAACAUCACAGGACUCUUGGGACACUGGGUGGGGGUUAGGAUGGGUUUGGAUAAGGGGAACUAGCACUUACAGAAACCACAGAUACCUGUAGUAAGUUUUCUAAUUGUUUGGUUUUCUUUUUUAUGUUCAGUUUUGUGUUUUGUUCGACGGGUGAGCGUCAUAAAACACACCUGGUGCUCUGUUUUACACAGUCCUUGUUUUAGUGAGGUCAAAGCUUAAAUCAAGCCCCAUGUUGCAUGAGUAGCCAACGAGUCUCACGCUGUAUUACAGGGUGAAAUACUGAAGUGCCUCAUCUGAGCAAGCAUAAUCUGAACGCAUUCUAGAUUCACCAGAGAGUGAAUAAGACACUGUGGGUAGAAAAGCAGGAUAUAUUCCAGCUUUUAUUGAUGAUUUCCUUUCUGAGCCAUUUAUGAGACAGAUGAAAUUCAUCAAUAGCUUUCUAUAUAGUGAUUGCCAUCUGAAUUAUACCUUUUAUAGACGUUCUCAGAUGAGCCAAUUCUGAAACUUUAGAUUGUUAACAAUCCUGGAUAUUGACAGAUUAUUAAAAGUGAGCUGCAAGCAUCCGAAUCUUAGUAAGAAAAAUUGUGUUUAUGAACUUAAUCCAUCUUGUAAAAUGUAUAUCUUCUUCUAUUUGUUGUAUAGCAGUCUAUAACAACAAAUUAUCUAUACAGAAUGGCACUUUUAAGUGGAUCAGAUUUGCCAUAGAAUUGCUAGAUUGCUGCUUUGUUGAGUAGCCUGCUCAGAUUCACAACACAUGGUGAUGUGGAGUGAGAAUUUGAAGAAAAGUACCUCAGACCUUUAGAGAUGUGGACGGUGUGACACAGGUGUCAACAGGAAAAAAAGAAAAAAAAAAGAAGAAAAAACAGUUCUUUUGGGGAAGAGUGACCUAAAAUGUCCAUUCCUUCGCUUACUUCUGGUCACUUUCAAUAUGGUCAAGCUGUCAGCAGCUUGGUGCUACAGUGUUUGACAGACAGCUCUACUGACAGUGUUAAAAAUGCUAAUAUACAAACAAAUCUUCCCUUCCAUGAUCCUUCCUUUUAAAUGACUAAUUUCAGGGAACAGCUGCUCUCUAUUGCCAUAUAGGAAACACACACAAAACAACAAUUUUACCAAGGACCACAAUAACACAGUCUAAGCCUAUUUUUUUAUACAUCAGACACUGCAAGAAAAUGUUUGCUUCACAGUGUAGCUGAUCACAGUCAUUGCUGCUACUGCUUAGUUUGCUGCUUUCAUAAAAAACAAACAAAAAAAUAACUUUAGUCCAAAUAAAUGUUGAUAGGAAGAACUUUAGUUGACUUGUGAUGCAACCAAAGCAUAGCGCCACCAUCCUCCCAUGCAGCUCCCACCAAUAAAGCACUAUUGUGUUUGUGAAGUAAACUGUUUAAAAAAGGUGUACAUUCUAGCUAUGCAUAGGUAGAGCAUGAACGCACUUUGCAGUAACAUGCAAUAAUAUAAGCUUCUUCCAGUCACUUGCACUGUUUAUUUGGAUUUGCAGAUGUUGCAUAUCGACUAGGAGGUCAUGAAAAGUCUAUAUGUGAACCUUUAAUAAUCCACUGGAUGACUUUUUUUUUACUGCUAGAGUUUAUACACUUUAAGCUUUGGAGUGCUCUGAAUGUAAAUCCUUUGACUCUGCAAUGUAUAAGCAGACACUACAGUGAAGGCUUGCACUAAUUUUUUUCUUGACUGCUUAUUCUGAAAGUAUCAUGUAGAUUGCUCAGGUUAAAGGAAGCACAGUGCUCUGCUGUCUGUAGAGCUAAUACACCUCCACCACAACACAAUAGUGAUGGCUUUCUUCCAUUACAGAAAAGCAGAACUGUGCUAAAUUAUACAGGGAGUGAAUGUACAGUAGAUGUACAAAAAAAAUAUAUACUGCAAUUACUGUACAGUAAAGAAACAACUUGCCAAUAAUGUAAGAAGCUGUAUAGAACUGAGAGCCUGCAUUUGCAAGCUAUAUUUUUGAGAAAUGUUGUAAUGCAGCGACUGAAAGUGAAGACUGAGCAUCUGAAAUGAAACUGUGGAAUGUCUUUGAUGCAAAGAAUGAUUUGUGUUUUUGUUACCUGGACAAUCCCCACUGAAAGUUUAAAUGUGUGAUAAACUUAGAUCACUUGUGCUUUGCUGCCUACUAAGUUAAGUAAAAGUGGCUGUCUUGCUUAUAAGUAAACAUUUCACAAAAUUCAUUGCUAAAUGGACAUCCACUUUUGCAGUGUUGCAUUAUUUUCACCUUACAACAUAUAUCAUGUGGUCCCUUGAGUGUGUGUGUGUAAGAAAAAGUGAGAGACUGGACCUUUUUGAUGUUUGUGUAUCUGCAGGUUAAGAACCAAGAUGUAAAAAAAAUCUGCAAAUAUACUAACAGUCCAAUGCUAAUUGUAAUUCUGCAGGGUUUGGUCUAAGGAUGAGGUCAUGAGGGUGUUGAGGGUUACAGUAAAAUGGUCAGUAGAGGGAGCUAUUUAACAGUAUGUCAGGACUGACGAGGUAUCUGCAUAAUGCUUAAAAUAUAAGACUGACUUUUUUAAUGCAUCUUGGAGUUUUCUCAAUUAACUUAACUUUAAAAUACUAACAGAAAUAAAAUCAUAUUCAAAGAGGUCUAAAGUGGAGGGUUCAGAACUGGAAACCCUGUCAGUCCUGCUUUGUUUGAGACCAGAUAAAAAAGGCACCAAAGCAAGCAGGGGGCAUGAUAAGACUAGCUCCGAUUUCUCUGCACCACCAAACAAAAGCUUUCUGCAACGAGUAUCAAACGUUUGGUUUUCUGUUUUUCCUCAGCUUUGUUUUGUAAUGAUUUCACUGUAAAUGACCAUUACUGUGUAAAUUAAAGCAAACUGUCAUCUGAAUAAAAGGAAAAAAAAA